ACCGCGGCUCGCAGCAUCUGUCAGUGUUCCCGCGGUGCGUUUAAUCGUAGGGUUUCGUUUCCUCCUUUAUAUCAUCGAUGCAGCGCGAGAUGACGAGCGAGAUCCCGAAGGUGGAGUUCGCUCUCGGCAGCGAAGUCUCGCCGGGUCGCUUCUUCAAGAGCGCGUUCGCGCGAAAUUUCAUCAGUAGCGGCCGCGACUGCAAGUCCCUGGAUUACGAGCUGCUCGACAACGUCGAGAGGAAUGAGGGUGAUCGUAACAACAACGGACGGAACAACAAUUUCUUCUCGCUCGUGAAUUUCGCGGACGGCAGACCGGCGAACGGCGACGACGCGGCCGCCGCGGCGCGAACCACCACUCUCUGGGAGCAAUCGAAGCCGAAGGAGGCGGCACAGUCGGCUGCAGAUGCGAAUGAAUUGGAGAAACUUCGAAAGCAAUGCCAGUCGUUGAAGAAGGAAAACCGGAGGUUGCAGAGUGCCUUCCUGCAAAACGUCUUUCUUCAAGCGCGAGUCGAUACGCUCCAAUGGCAGGUCAAACAGGUCGAAUCGAACAGGCAAAUGUAUCGUUCUACGAUGGAACAAGUGGCUCAUUUCUUGGGCCGGGCUCACAGGAGCUUGGAGAUCCUGCAUGCCAAGGAAAAUUCCAAGGACAAGAGACGUGUGCCACGUAGCCGCAGCGUGCACACGGUGAUGCACACGGAUCCGUCGCCAAAUCGCGGAAUCGCAACGCCAUCGUCGACAUCCUCGCCGUUCACACGCGCCAAAUCGGUCACACAGAUCAGUUCGCCAAGCCCUACCUGCUUCCGCGAGUUCACCUGGUCGGUUCUGCGAAGAAACGACCCGGUGCACUGCACAACGCCACGUAUUAAGCCACCGCUGGAUCUCAGUAAGACGAACGACAUUCCCGAUAACGUCGUUUAUCGCGAACCUAAACAGACAGAACUGAAUCCGGAUGAGAUACCGCCGGAGAAGUUGUCUCAGGAGGCGUUUAGGUUAUUGAGGACCGUUGAGUCCUUGCUGUCAAUGCGAGAGCCCGAUUUGGCGAGAAUGACGCCGGUCGAGGAAAAUGGAUCUUCUCCUUCUCCUACGGUGGAUCACCAUCGUCAUCAUGACACGUCUUUCUCCCUAUCGAACAGUAACUUCGCCAAUUCGACAACUUUACAAGAGGCCACAGCCUCUUCCGGAUGCUCCAAUAGUAGUCGCGGAAACGAAUCGAGCAGCGGUCAUCAGGACGACAGUAGAUCGCCAAGCCUCGUCAAAACGUCUGUUAUCGAGUUUACCCGAAAUUUGCAAAGCUUCGUACCAAGUGUGAGAAGGUCUCCUGACACUGCCUCCUGGAACUCGAGUAGCAGUAAAACGACAGAAGAGGAGGACAUUCUCGCGCUUGCCGCGUCAAAUGGAAUCACGUCCAACGGUACACCAAUUUCGACGCUCAGCAGGACUACGAAGCGACUAGAAAAGAAAGAAUCUACAGGUCUAGUUGGUAAACCUAAAGUAAAGCCGGCCAGCAGUCCGGUGAGCAGCGCCGAGGGUGAAAGUGGAUUCUUCUCGAUUAGCUCCUUCCAGGAGGUAGGCCUACCUGCUUCGGCAGCCCUACCGAUCACGCCAAUCAAAGGCUGCCACACCGAGGUGGGUCUUCCGGAAGUGCCUUUAGACAAGACUAGGCACCGACGGUGGUCCUCCACGCCGGCGGAAAUUCAGGCGCUCUUCAAACAGCACCGAGCAAGCAUCGGCGGCAUGCCGCAAACCACCACCGAGUCCGUCAGCGUUUGUUGGGUUUGAGUGUCGCGGGUGUCGCGCCGAUUAUGAUCCCACCGCAAACAAUUGUCAUGGUUUUAGUCGGAUCUCGCAGACUAGAUUAGCUCGGACCACGAGCAUGAU